CCCUUCCCGAUCUUGCUGCAGUGGACCAAACACCCAUUCAACUCGCACCGCCCGUUCUCGGACCGCUCCAUCUUGGGCGCCAUCACACCACCGCCAUGUGCCGGUUCCUGGUCUACAAAGGCAGCGACGAGAUCCUGCUCUCGAAGCUCGUCCUCGACCCAGCGCAUUCCAUCCUCAAGCAGUCGUUUGACUCCCGCCUCCGACUGGAUACUCGCCGCGGAAUAAACAAUGCAGACGGCUUCGGCAUUGGUUUCUACACCGAUGCGAGACUGGGCGCCGCCCCGUGCCUCUUCACCUCGACCACACCGGCCUGGAACUGCGUAAACCUACAGCGGAUCGCCUCCAAGACGGCGUCGAGGUUAAUCUUUGCCCAUGUUCGAGCUACUACCGAAGGGUCCCUCAGCGAGGACAACUGCCACCCGUUCUGCCACGGCAGCUUAAUGUGGAUGCACAAUGGUGGUCUGGGCGGCUGGAAGCAGAUCAAGCGAAGGCUGGGUGAGCGGUUGGCCGACAAGUGGUAUCUCAAUGUGGUGGGCGGCACCGACAGCGAGUGGGCUUUUGCUCUGUUCCUGGACACGCUCGAACGGAUGGGUCACGACCCCAGCUCACAACCCGAGAGCGGAUUUGGGCCGACAGUCCUCAGAAAGGCGAUGCUCAAGACGAUUGCCCUCAUCAACGAGCUAAUCGACAACAUCCCCGAGAGCGUCGUUCAUGCCGAGAACGUCGACACCCGGAGUCUCCUGAACUUCUCCGUUUCCGAUGGCCACAGCAUUAUCUGCACGAGGUAUAUUGGCAGCUCCUCGGAUGAGGCUGCCAGUUUGUACUAUUCGUCCGGCACUCUAUGGGAAACGAGGGCACCAACGCCCGAUAGCCGGGACUACCAGAUGGAGCGAAGUGAUAAGGGCGCAGACGUGGUCUUGGUGGCGAGCGAGCCGCUGACCUUUGAGCGAGAAAACUGGGUAAACGUCCCAACCAACUCAAUCCUCACAAUCCACAACCAGACAGUCAUGGUGCAUCCAAUCAUGGACCAGUACUACGACCGCAACCCGCAACACCGCCGCUCAACCGCCUUCGUCCGCACCAAGGGCCUCUCGGCCAACGAGAAGGGUACCUCCAGGGCCGGCACACCCUUCGGUCUUCCGGCAGCGACCCCACCCAUUUCCGCCGCACUACAUCUCCCCGACCACGUGGAACCACACAAGCAGCAGCGCCUCCGCGGCCCAACCAUCCCCUCCAUCCCCGCCAGCCUCUCCGCCCCCCGCGCACCCGAUAGCUUCGCCUCAAGCUCGACCCUACCGCGUUCCCGAACGCCGCUCUCCCACGCCGAGACCAUCGCGCCAGAGCCAUCAUCAUCAUCAUCAGCAACCCUGCAAGCGCCGUCCACGGACGUCAGGGCGCUCACGGCGCCGCCCCUGCUCCGAGCCGCGUCGCAGCAGCCGCCGGCGCAGGGCAACAUCAAGAAGAAGCGGGCGUCCCUGAGCGCGGUCGAGGCCGUGCACGGCGGGGGCUCGGCCGGGCUGGUGCAGUACUUCGAUACUAGUCCGAUCACGCCGGAGCCGGUGCGGACCGAGUUUGGCACGCCCGAUAAGAUUGCGCGCAUGUUUCCCGAGCUGGCGCUGCAAUGAGGUGGCUGACUGGCUGGGUGACUGGCGGGCCGGCCGGGGAUUGCUUGGUAGUAUUAUGGGUGGUUUCCUUGUGUGUUUGUGGGGAUACUAGAUUGUUUGGCGUCUGGCGCAAGGCAUGGGAUAUAUAGCAUAGGGAGUAGCAUGCGGAGUGUCUUUGUUUAGUUGUAUGUCUUGUCGUCUCUGAUGAGGGCCGAGUGGGGGUGCUCAACUGUGAUGUACUCUGCUUGAGAAAGAUACCUAAGUAGAUAGGGGCAGACUGGCUGUUCAUAGCAUAGCAUAGCAUAAAGCACGUCGAUACCGGAUUUCUUUUUA